CACUUGAACAUUAACUCAUGUCUCGUCUGUCUGCUGCUGCUGCGCUCUGAACUUACGCAAAACUUCCUGUAACUUGCUGAAAACGAAACUAGAUGGUUUUCUGUGCUUUACCAUAUGUAACUGGUGUCCGUGGGCUGUUGUUGACACGUGAGCAGAAAUGCAGGUUCCACAGCUGCUCCUUGACACUCUGGAAGACCUGCCUGAUAGGGAUUUUAAAACGUUUAAUUGGUACCUUACGACUGAUGUUUUGGACGGCUGCAAACGAAUUCCUAAGGCCCGUCUAGAGAAAGCAUCCCGGACGGACACUGUGGAUGAAAUGAUACGGGGCUACGGUGAAGAGAUGGCUGUGAACAUCACUGUUGAGAUCUUGAGGAAAAUAAACAACAACUACGCCGCAGAGAAGUUAAAGAAAGCAUACGCAGAGAGAAGAGCAGCUACACCCUCCACCUCCUCCUCUGCUUUGGCACCUCCUGCUGCUCCUGCUCCUCCUGCUGCAAUGUUUGCUCAGGAUGGAAGUGUGAUCAUCGCCCCGACGAUCAUGGGUGGCACCUCUAGAUCAUGGAAUAUAACCAUCAACAAAUAAACUCGCGAAACAAACCAAACCAGGAAGACUAGAAGGGAAUACACCAUGAGGUUGUGGUUCAGAGUGAAAUAUCUCAAUUAUCAGAUGGAUUAAUUUGUCAUGAAAUUUACAGCAGAUAAUUAAAGACCUAAAAAGACACAUUAUAGUGAUUUGGUGAUCCUCUGACUUUUCCACUUGCGCCACCAUCAGUUUGACUGUUUAGUCCUUAAUUGAAUAUAUCCUCAGAGGAUAAAUUGCACUAACAUUGAUCUCCUGACUUCUCAUAAUCUGGUUAAAAUUAAAUUUUGUCUUGCUAAUUAGCAGUUAGACUAACACAAUUUGUAGUUUAUCAUCAUUAUUUCUGCUUAGUAGUUGCAAAAAUAUCUACAUUCAUACUUAAUAUUACUUAGUAUUCAUACUUUCCUAAGCCACCUUUUAUUUGCAUUCAUUCAUUGAUUAGACCACAUUAUUUGCACUGACAGUCAUAUAUUGCUGUGGCUCAAACACAUAGACUAGGUUACCUUCAUUUCUUUGCUCAAUAGUUGCUAAGAUUGCUACCUUUAAUAACUUUCUCGUUUAUUUUUGAUCUGCUAUGGUCUAUUGUCUUCGUCAGCCACCAUAGUCAUGUACAUGUGAGUCUGGUUUGUAGGGUCCGCAAGGCCUCAGCUGAACCCUUUCCACUUGCCGGCGCAUACAUGGAUGUAUAAAGAGAACUCGAUACAGGAACAUUGUCAUAGCGGUCAAACCAUGUAAUUACAACGUCACGUGAUGCACACUAGCCCAAAAAGGCUUUUUCUCACAGACUUACAUUGUGAAAGAGACAUCUGUAAAUCAGCGGAUAUAUUUUUUUGAGCAUCACAACCCCCACGAAGUGA